AACGUUACCUACACCACAAUCCACUUCAGUGACAAUAAACAAUCUGCAGAUUACCAAAAUGUGUUCGGGAAAUCUGACUACGUUAAUAUAGAACCAGCAAAUGACAUGCACUACAAUCGAAAGAAGGCCCUAUUGAAGAUGGGUGGAUCAGUGGAAUAUUCAGACGUUAGUUGCACAGGUCCCAUUUCUAACAAAUGUAAAUCUCCCCAAAAUAUUACUCCUGAGAUAUAA